GGUGCUUGGAACCAGUGAUCCAGGACUGUUUUAGGCGGUGCAUGUUUACCUUUUCUACCAACAAACUUAUUGCUCUUUUGUACGCGUAUUGAAGCACCCACGACUUUUAUUUCCUCAGUCAUCUUUAAUCAUGAAAAUAUCAAAGCGACACACCAAUGCAAUGUUUUUGAUAUUUGCUUAGAAUAAUAGCGUUGCUACAGAGUACGCUUGUCCUUUUCCAGCACAACAAAUAUUUUAGCGCACUUUCAUGAGCAGAUCAUCUCCUGGAUACAAGAAUCUUCAACGGUUUUUGCCAUGGGCCAAACCCUGAUCGGACCCGACUAGAGCUGGGCUUGAAGGUGCCUGAAGUGGCCCUGUUGUACAUUUUCAGCCCCUUGCCGCCAACGGUGAUGUACCCCAGUUGGGAGCCCGACUGUUGGCGAGCCACGGAUCAGCGGCCACCUCUUCAGCAUGCUCUAGUCUAGCCAUAGAGCAAGGGUUCGACCAAGAGGCAGGAUCAUUGAGCCCACUCAAGAAAUGGGUUCUACAGAGAAAGCAGAGAAGGGGUUGCAGUGCGAGGUGUUAGAGAGGACGAUCACGAUCAUUGAAGUACAAGAAGCUGCUCGCCAAAAUAGACUUAUUCAGGUUUUCGUGGUGGACACGGUGUUCUGGAACAACAAGGUUGGUGAGACCAGCUUGAACGGGAGAAACUAAAGUCAACAUGGGCGUGACACUGCAGGUUUGUUGCUCAUGGACCGAAUGACGGAUAUCAUGUUGGGAAACAGGAAAGGGACUGGGUGAACAUUCUCUGGGAGGGUUGACAGCCACGUUGUACUACACAUAUCCAUUGGCAACAUUCAACACGCAAAGGAUUCAUAGACAACCGAAUGAGUCAAGACAGAGACCUUACCAUAUCUAACAUGAGGGUCAACACUCUCACUUUGGUUUGUUGCAGAUUGAAGAGGUCAUUUUAAGCUCAGACCUUUUGACAGCUGAGGGCAUCUCCAAAAUGGCGGCUGCGAAAACACGCCAACCAGUCGUCUUUAUUGGCAAUGGUCCCGUUGAUCAACCGAGUCAAAGAUGAUCCUUCUAGCUUCUUGCUGAAACAUAUUGUCCGUCGGCAUAAUGCCCGAUCUUAUUUGUUCCCGCGCGUACCGGCCAAGGUGUAGAGUCAGAACCUCGGGAAAUGUCCUGGAAUCAGAAUUUCAUCGAUUGCCUGAGGGUGUCAUAUUGAUAUCGGAGACGGCUCAGAACCACUAACUGGGAUAGAGCCGGAUUCCAUCAAUCCAGUUGUCCUGGAGAUGUCCGGUGUGCUUAUGGAUCUGGGAUAGGCGAUCUCUCGUACUUGGGUCGGUGGCAGAAAAUGAAAACGGAGCUCUAGCCUCGGUGGAAACGAGGUACGGAGGCAUUGCGUGGUUGAUUCGAGCUGCGAAAAGAACUUUUCAAUUGCGCGUUGAGGUGGACAUCUGUGAAAAUGAUUCGGCUACUUGGCCAUGCUAGAAGUACGUUCCCGAUAACAGCAUUACUCUGAACCUAUCCCAGAUAGUGUCUAGUGGUACGUCGUGGAGCCUCCAAGGCAUCACUGGGCCACAGAAAGUCUCUGUUCAGUCUCUAUUAAGGUCAAUCUUUUGAACUUACAAACUACGGUGAGGAAGCAAGAUGAAAGGGUUCCCUAGCUACACAGCAGCUCUAGCCAUGAUAGUGUGGAUAGCGCGGUUAUUUGAUGUAGGUGGACUUGAAUGGUACCUUAGCACAUGUAUAUUACGUGACAACAUCUUACUUUAAAUACCCGUUUGGAAAUGGCGCAGCCCUAUGUCUUGGUUAUAGCAGGAUAUUUUUACCUCGUCAAGUGAAGCAUCGCAUUUCACGGAUGUACCGAGGAUGCGGAAAUUAACUUCCGCAUUUACAGCACUUGUACAUGUUAG